AUGUCUGACUUUAUGGGGAACGAGAAACAUGAGCGUACUUCUGAGGGGGCAAGCACUCCUGUAUCAACAGAGUCGAAUGUGGAUGUUUCUAAGCUGGUUAAUGUUUGUCAAAAAGUGUUUCGUAAUUGGAACUGGACUUCAAAUGGUGGUUUAUGUAGUAGGGGUACGAGAAUCAUCUUGGGCUGGAACCCAGAUAUGGUAGACAUUAUGAUACUUUCUCAAUCAGACCAAGUUAUCCAUACGCAGAUUUUAUCAAAAGCUGAUAAAAAGUUCACGGAAUUGCUUGAUGUUAAAGGUCAUGGCCUUCAUUUUACGUGGAAUCAGAAACCAAAAGAUGGAGUUGGGUUUCUUAAGAAGAUAGACCGUGUUAUGGGUAAUGUUAAGUUUUUAGAAAUGGUGCCGGAUGCUUUUGUCAUGUAUCAUCCUUUUCGAGUUUCUGAUCAUACGCCAUGUAUUUUGAAAAUGGUAACCAUGAAUGAGAAUAAGCCAAGGCCUUUCAAGUUUCCCAAUUUUAUUACCACGAAACCGGAGUUCAGGAAGUGUGUUGAGUUGGAAUGGUCGAAAUCUGUCCAAGGUGUUACUAUGUUUUCGGUAACCAAGAAACUUAGUAAUCUUAAACCUCACUUAAGGAAGAUCUUAUACAAACAAGGAAACCUUCAUACUAAGGUGACCGAGCUUCGGAAAAAACUGGAUGAUAUUCAUGUUCUUCUUGAUAAGAACCCGUUAGAUGCCAGCACCCGUCGAAACGCAAGGAAUAAGAUUCACAGUGUUAAGGAUAGUGCUGGGAACCGAUACGAAGGAAAUGGGGUGGCGGAUGCUUUAGUUGCUCAUUAUUCAAACUUCUUGGGUGUUGAGGAUCAGGUUGCACCGGUGAAUCUUGAUGACCUUUUUCUCAAUGUUCUUAGUUCCCAUGCAGCGGAUAAUAUGGUCCGUCAGAUAACUCGAGAGGAGAUUAAAAUGGCUAUGUUCAAUAUUGGAGAUAAUAAGGCCCCGGGACCUGAUGGCUAUACAUCAGCGUUUUUUAAGCAGGCUUGGGAUAUAGUUGGGAAUGAAGUUACGGAUGUGGUGUUAGCUUUCUUUGAGAAUGGUAAACUUCUUAAACAAAUAAACCACACGAUCUUAGCCUUGAUUCCUAAAAAAGAAACUCCUUACUCUGUUUUGGAUUAUCGGCCUAUAUCAUGUUGUAAUGAUGUAUUAUACAAAUGCAUCAGCAAGAUUAUAACGGAUAGGAUUAAGGGGAGCUUGGUUUCUCUUGUUAGUAUUAAUCAGUCCGCUUUUGUGCCAGGAAGGAAAGUAUCUGAUAAUAUCCUCCUCACUCAGGAGUUGAUGCAUAACUAUCACCUAAAUAGAGGCCCUGCUAGAUGUGCAUUUAAAAUCGAUAUUCUAGAAAGCCUAUGA